AUGCUGCCGCUGCUCCGCCACGCUCGAGGGAACAGGCCUGGCCGUCCUCCGUCAGCGAGAGCCUCGUCCUUCGCCGCCACCUUCGCUGAGCGCUCCGCUCGGUACUGGACGCCGGAGAGGCUCCAGGCGCUCAGCGGAGGCCGGGAUCUGCCGCUCUCGCCCGACAAGCCAGGCGCCGCGGCGCUGCUGCGCGUCAUCGGGCUGAUGGGCUCGGACGGCUCGAUCGGAAGCGAGGCGGUCCGCAAGUUCCGCCAGAUCAACCUGCUGCUCCUCGAGGUCGAGCGCCACCUCGCGCCGCACGCCUCGCGCCCGACUCGCAAGCCGCUGCGCGUGCUCGAGCUGGCGAGCGGCCAGUCGCAGCUCUCGCUGCUGCUCGCGCACGCCGCGGCGCACCGGUGGGGCCGGCCUGCGCAGGUGCUCGCCGUCGACCGCGACGCGACGCGCGUGCAGCGGGCAGAGCGACGCGCGCACGCCCUCGGCCUCUCGCAUGCGGUGGUGCAGCGGCGGAGCGAGAUCGGGCAGCUGGGCCGGCCGCCCCACCUGGCCGUGGCGCUGCACGCGUGCGACACGGCCAGCGACGACGCCCUCGCGCAGGCGGUUCGCGCUCGCUCGCUGCUCAUCGCUUGCGCGCCCUGCUGCCACGCGCAGCUCGCGCGCCGCUGGCUCGUGCAGUCGCACCCUCUGCGGACCAUCCACACGGCGGCGCACGUGACCGACGCGAUGCGCGUCGCGCUGCUGCGCGCGGCGGGUUACCGCGUCGCCGCCAGCGAGUUUGCGCCGGAGCACACGCCGAAGAACCGGUUGCUGCUGGCGGGCCGCUUGCGCGCGGGGGUGCCGGCCACCCGAGCGGCGCAGGAGGAGGGGCUCGCCGAGUACGUCGCCCUCAAGUCCGCGACCGGCGGCGCCGGGAUCGCGCUCGAGGGCUUGCUAGGGAGCGUCGGUAUCAGAACUUGA